UUAUACUUAAAAAGCUGUUGAUACUUCAGUGAACCAGAACAGUUUUAAGUGUGAUAUAUAAAUUUCAAAAUGCCAUCAAAAUUAGACGCAGUUUAUCGAUCGUUACUUCUUGGCAAGUUUUUUACUAAAGGAUGGGGAGAGCCUCAAAACUUACAAAGAUUGUUUGAAUUCAGAAAAAUUAUGUCAAACCGUGAAGCAUGUGUAAAAUUAGUUCCCAAAGACUAUCCAAUACAAAUUACAAAAGAAGAGGAAUCUUCAGAAUGCAUAACAAUCGAAGGAAAGUUUAUGACGCCACUAGAAUUACAUUUGCCUGGAUUGGUACCCGAAGAAUCCCAAGAUGCUCACUUUCAAAUGAUUUUACCGAAGAAAUGGAGAGAAGAGAAUUUUAAGCCUGUUUGUCUACAUCUUGCGGGAACCGGCGAUCAUUAUUAUUGGAGACGCCGUAAUCUAAUUUGUAAGCCAUUGAUGAAAGAGGCUGGUCUUGGAGCUAUUAUUUUAGAGAAUCCAUUUUAUGGAUUAAGAAAGCCAGCAGAUCAAGUUGCAUCAGCACUUCAUAAUGUUUCUGAUAUAUUUGUUAUGGGUGGUUGCUUGAUCUUAGAAUCAAUGGUGCUAUUAAAUUGGUGUGAAAAGAUGGGACUUGGACCGUUGGGAAUUACAGGAUUAAGCAUGGGAGGACAUAUGGCAAGUUUAGCAGCAAGCAAUUAUCCCAAACCGUUGGUUCUUGUUCCAUGUCUAAGCUGGUCUACUGCUAGUUCUGUUUUUACAGAAGGUGUCAUGUCACAUUCUAUUAAUUGGGAUAUGCUCGAAACACAAUAUUAUGCAGAUGGAAAUUAUCGCGAGAAAUUGAGCAAAAUGGUAACGAUUGUUGAUGAUGCUUUUAUCGCAGGCAAACAUUUUAUACAGAACUUCCAAAAGUCAAUGAAAGAAUUGAAAGAAGAUAUUAAGGAUACGUCAAAAAUGAUUUUGGAAAUGGAUAAGGAAGUGAACCUAUCAAUUAUCAAUGAAACAAAUCCAUUAUAUGCAAAGAAAAAAUUCCUUGAAAUAAAUGGUCGUUCAAAUAAGCUAAAUUUAUCAAUGGAAUUGCUAAAUAAGUUAUUAGCAGGCGAAAAAUGUGAACUUACUGCAUCAGACAUUAAUGAAUUAAACGAAAAAAUUCAGAUUGCAUUAAAGCGUUUGAAAAAUGCAAAGUUCAAUCAAAAAGUACUUGAAGAGAAAGCAAAAUUGACAGUAGCUGAUAAUAAAGAACAAUCAGUGGCUUUGAUGAACACUAAUACAAUUCAAUCAGAUACAUCAUCAACCGAUACAAGUACAAUAUUUUCCACAGCAUUCAAUCUUUCAUAUACUCGACUUAUGAAAUUACUAUCAAAAUCAUCAACCAAAGAAAAAGCACACUUCAAUACCUCAGAUCCUCCAGUAAGAGAAAAAAUUACUAUUGGCAAGACAAAUUGGUGGCAAACAGAGGCUACACAAUUUAUGCGAGGAAUGAUGGAUGAAUGCACACACUUGAAAAACUUCAGUGUACCUUUCGACACUAAUCUAAUAAUUGCCGUAUGUGCCAAAGAUGAUGGCUAUGUUCCUAGAGGAGGCUGUUCAAGCUUAGAGGAUAUAUGGCCAGGAGCUACAGUAAAGUAUUUAGACGCAGGGCACGUUUCCGCGUACGUCCUUCACCAAAAAAUUUUCAGAAGCUCAAUCAUCGAAGCAUUCGAAAGAGCAAAGAAAAAAUAUGAAACAAAUGAUCAUAGAGAUUUGGAAGGAAGUAAAAAUAAUUUAGUCAAACCAAUUCUUAAUGAAAUAAAACUAUCUAUGUCUUAAAUCUUAUAAAAGGAACUGAAUGAAUUGCUAAACACUGCUUGUCGAGUAUUGGUCAAGUCUUACAAAGUUGUAGUUAUUUUAUUGAAUGUGAUAAUGAUAACAUUUACUGUAUCCUCAUUACCGACUUCUUCUUUAAUUUAGAUUUGCCAAUGAGCGUCAAGAAAAAGUUAAAC